ACGAUCAUCAAUAUAUCAUUAUACCACCUAAGAUCUCGUUAAGCACAUACUCUGGCUCACAGUACGAGCAUCUGACAAUUAAGAGUCUCACUGCCGCAACCGAACUGCUGCAGUCUCACUGCCGCAACCGAACUGCCGCAACCUCACUGCCGCAACCGAAAUGGCGCAACCAACGUACCGCGACCCAACGACAGUCCUCAGGGACCAAGCCGACUGGACUGGCUGGCUCGCGCAGCUACAGGCGAGAUGCCUGUCGCGCAACAUCUGGGACAAGAUCAACCCAAAGACAACUACACCACUACUAUCAAAGCCACUCUCGCCAAGGGCUCUAACCAUUACUAACUACGCGCCAGCCGCGAACACCGACAUACCAUUAAGGCCAACUAAGCUAUUAACAACAGGCCAGAAGGCAUUUAAGGAAGACCUUGAGUAUUACAAACACAUUAUUGUGUUUAUCCAGUUAACUGUGUCGCCACAUCUACUGCGCACAUGCUGUCUUCCUGAGAAACCACUGCGACAGUGGAUCACAGACCUACAACUCACUGUUGGGGUUGACGAACAAAUUAAACAAGAACAAGCCCAAGACAGAUACCUCUCAGCACUCAAGCCAAUGAGAAGCACGUCACAAUGGGAUACCUGGCUAGCUGAGUAUGACCAGGCAGCUACAGAAGCAGAGACGUACAAAGUCACCGAAUUAUCGCAAUUAAAUGUAAUAACAAAGGACUUCCUGACAGCUGUGAACAGGGUCGCGCCUAUGUGGGCUACAAGCUUUCAAGAUAGCAGACGCUUUAAAUCUAGUAUAAGUCAGAAGGAGAUAAUAAAACGCUACCAAGAGCACAUAAUAAUAAAUCAUCCCCUUAGAUUAGGGUGGCACAAGGCCUUUGUAGCUGACAAUGCAGUGUUUCUUGCUAAAGGGGCGGGUAGGAAAACCACCACGCUCAAGCGGCCUUCAGAUCAAGAGCCUGCUUCCACUGGGGGAGCAAAAUGCCCUGCAUGUGGACAACGCCACUCUAUACGGGAUUGCUACUAUGUUAAUCAAGACAGAGCUCCUAA